AUGUGGAUAGAAGAAAAGCAACAGUGGAUAGAAGAAAAGAAGGCGUUAGAAGAAAGAAUAAGCAAGUUGGAAUGGGAAACAGAAAAAGCUGGGAGAGAGAAAAGGAGACCGAACAUUGUUAUAAAAGGAGCAAGUAUUGAAGGAGAGAAUCUGGAGAAGAAGGUCGAAGAAUACAUUGAACAAAAGAUAAAAGUAAAAGUCAAGAUAGAGAAGGCUAAAGAGAUAAGUGUAAAUGCUGGGCAAAAUGUGAGGAAGUUAGUGGUAGUAAGGCUGGCAAAGACAUGGUUGAAACAGGACAAGUGGGCUUAUGCAGAAAGAGGUUGGAUUAAUAAAAGUGAUAGUGAGAGUGAUAGUGACGAGAAGGACGUAAGGUUAAGAAAGUCGAAAGACGAAAAGAUCAACGAGGAAGGUAGAAGACUAAUAAAAGAAAUAACAGAAGAAGUAUGGUGUAUAGUAAAUGGGCAAAAAGAAGAAGAAGGAGAAUUCACAUACGUUGGUAGCAGAGGAGAGUCGGUAAUAGAUUACGCAAUAGUAUGUCAAGAAGCGUUCGAUCAGAUUAAGGAAAUGAAGAUAGGACAAAGAACGGAAUCAGAUCAUAUGCCGUUAGAAGUAUACCUAGAAAAGGAAGUAGAGUAUGGAGAAAGGUGUAAAGACUGGGAGCGGAAGGGAAAAGAGGUUGAAGAAAGAUGGAGUGAGUUGAAAGAAAAAAUAGAAAGUGCAGUACCUAAGGUGCAAAAAGAGUGUAAAGUGUGGAAGAUGAGGGAUAAAAAAUGGCACGAUAAAGAAUGGAAGGAGAAGAAGGAUUUAAGAAGAAUAAUGAAAAGGGAAGAGGCAAGAAAGGAUGAGGCAAGAACAAAUGCAGUGGAUCAGGAAGAAAUGAGCAAGGAAGAGUUCGAGAGGCAGAUAGCCAGAUUAAAAGUAGGAAAAGCACCAGGAGAAGACAAGUUGGAAAAUGAAGUGUGGAAGUACAUGCCGGGAAAAGUGGAUGCAGCUCUGUGGGAAUUGCUGAAAAAAGUAUGGAAAAAAGAAGAAUUACCGGAUCAGUGGAGGCAAGCAUAUAAGAUUUAUGCGAGUAUGUUAAAUGAGAUGUUAAAAAAGGAAAUCGAAGGUAAAUUAUCAGAAAGCCAGUUUGGUUUUAGAGAAAAGAAAGGAGUAAUAGAAGCUAUAUGUACAUUGAAACAAAUUGUUGAGGAAAAAUUAUGCAAAGAAAGAGAAAAAUUAUUUACAUGUUUUAUUGAUUUAAAGGAAGCAUUUGAUCGAGUGGAUAGGAAAGUUUUAAAGGAAAGAUUAAUAGAAAUGGAAGUGAGUGAAAAGCUAAGAAAUAGGAUUAUGGAUAUUUCUAAAGAAACGAAACAUGUAGUUGAAGUUGGAGAAGAGGAAUCCAAGGAAUUUUGGACAGAAAAAGGUGUGAGGCAAGGCUGCCCACUGAGCCCGACACUGUUUAACGUGUACUUAGUGGAUCUGGAGCAGGAAUUAAAGAAAGGGCAGGUGGGAGGAUGCAGAGUUGCCCUGGUAGAAAAUAUAGCGCUAUUUGGUGCGGAAGUGUGGGACUGGGAAGAAGAAGAAAGUCUAGAAAGUGUACAGAGAAGAUAUAUGAAAUGGAUUUUAGGUUUAGACAGCAAUACACCAAAUUAUAUAGUGGAGAAGGAGUGUGGAUUAGAAAGGAUGAAAGCUGAACCAGAAUACUUGAAAAAGGAUAUGCCAUUAAAGGAUAGAAAGUUAGUAGUAAGGUUUAGAUGCGGAAAUGAAUGUAGAAGUAGAGAAUACUGGAAAGGAGAGGAGGAUAAGAAGUUUAGAUUAUGCAAGGAGGAGGAAGAAGAUCUUAGCACAUACUAA